UUGUUCCCAUGCUUCCUCAGUCAGUCAUGGCGAUUGUUUUGCUAGAGGCUAGCGUAAUAAGAUGAAUUAGUACAAUUUGCAAAUUCAUUUCUUACCUGUGAUAAGUCUGUGGGUUUAAGGGAUAUAUGUAGAGAGGUAUGACCGAAAUUUCAGCUAUUAUUAUUGGAUAUCCUUAAGACGAUAGAUUUGAACGAGGAUGCCUGAGAAUUAUCGCCCAGAACAUGAAUCUAAAAACGGCGAGCCCGUUAGCCCCAAACGACGGCGUCACAGUCGAUCAAGCAGUGGAAGUUCUCGUGAGGCAAGCCCUGAGGUGAAAAACUGGAAAUACGAAAACUACUUUGUCAAAGAAGAGCGUAAAAGUAGAGCUAGACCAAGAUUUCGGACGGCUAGCUCUCGUAGCCGCUCCAGGUCGAGAGAACGAUCCGGCUGGGCUGAUCAGCGAGAUACUCGGCAUGGGCCUGGUUCGAGGUCUGAGUAUUAUGAUCAUAGGGAUGAUGCACAGCGCCAACGACAGGAGGCAUUCAAUGCAAGGCGUUUGCAAGAGCGAGAGCGAAUUGGUGAGCUGGGUUCACCAGAAGUUUGGGGAUAUUCACCAAGAGUGAGAGAGCCAGAUUCUGAUGAGCACACCCCAGUUGAAGAGGAUGUGAAAAACAGUAACUCAGACUCAAGUUCUGAAGAGGAGAAGAAGAAAAAGAAGAAGAAGAAGUCAAAGAAGUCAAAGAAGAAGAAAAGCAAAAAACACUCUGAGGACAGUGAAUCAGAGAGUGAUUCAGAAGAAGAAGAAGUGAAAAAGAAGAAAAAGAAGAAGAAAAGCAAAAAGAAGAAGUCCAAGAAGAAGAAGGCCAAGAAAAGUCGCAAAGAAUCCAGCAGCUCGAGCAGUGACCAGUCCGAUGAGGAGGAGGACGUUAAUGAAGAUCUCUGGGUGGAGAAGACUGAAAACAUUGUUGGCCCCGAGACUCCACUCACCCACCUGUCCCAGGAUGACAAACCCCUAGACUUUGGACACGCCCUCCUACCAGGUGAAGGCGCAGCCAUGGCGGAAUAUGUGAAGGCAGGAAAGCGUAUCCCAAGAAGAGGUGAAAUCGGACUGACCAGUGAUGAAAUUGCUUCUUAUGAAAAAUCUGGUUAUGUGAUGAGUGGAAGCAGACAUCGUCGUAUGGAGGCUGUGCGUCUGAGAAAGGAAAAUCAGAUCUACAGUGCUGAUGAGAAGAGAGCCCUGGCAUCUUUCAACCAGGAGGAGAGAAGGAAGAGAGAGAGCAAGAUUCUGUCCAGCUUCAGAGAAAUGGUGUAUAGAAAGACAAAAGGCAAAGAGCAGAAAUAACAGCUGUUGUUUUGUGAUCUCUUUUGUAUUUUAAUUGCAGAUGUGCAGGACAGUAAAUUGUAGUAUGGGGUUCCUGCAUUAUUACUAUGUACAUUUUGUUAAUAGCUUUAACAGGAAGUCUUUAAAGAUGUACUGAAAUGAAUGUUCACUGACUCUUUAUUGAUCUUUAUUCAUUAGGUCCACUGUAAUACACGCUUGUACCAUGCAGAGUGUAGACAAAUACAGUAUCUGUGUUUUUUGUUUUCAUUUUUUAAAGGGGAAAGAGGUUUUGUCUCUGAAGAAAAAAAGUAUUUUGAAUUUAAUAAACAUUUUUCUGGAAAAAAA